AUGGGUGGGCGCUAUGGAUCGCUCAACAAACUGAAAUUGGGCGUAUUAAAGUUUUUGGAGAGUUACAAGGAUGUCCCAACAAUCAAACUGGCACAAAUGAUCGUCGACGAGUUGAUUGAACAGAGAGUGCGGCCACUCCCUCCUAUUAUUACAAACAUAUUAGUGGAUGGAAGAGGUGACCCAUUCUGUUUUGUGCUCGAAGCAAUUCGCUUUGCUUUAGUCCCUUUUAUUGAUGCGGCGAAAGGACUACCAACAAAAUACGGAGAGAAUUAUCCCGACGCUAUGAACAACUUGUUCACAGAUACAGUUGUGGUGACGGUGGACGCAGCGCGACAACUUUUCAAGAACGACUUGAGAGGUGUCGAAACAUACAUCCACCAAAUACUGAAGAACCAACAAAAAACAUCUGGGAAGAACGCACGGUUCAACGAGAUGUCUGGUGCAUUUGGGUCACACCUUAUUCUUGAGAAGUAUUGUAAAGCAAGAAACGUGAACUUUGUGCCGAGUCAGGACAAUUUAGGUGACUUAAUGGAAUCCAUCCAACCGAUGAUGAGCGCACUUGGUACAGUCCAAGAAAUCGUAAGAGACUUUCCUAUUCAAAAAAAUACCGACGAAGAGCUUCUUAGUGAGUGUUUUAAACUAGCAAACGAAAAUGACAUUUUUUACGAGUGUUGUGUUGGUGGGAAGAGUGUGAUUGUGUACGAACGUAUGGAUCUUACUCACUUACUUAAUUCAUUUGGAUUGGAGGGUAUCCAAGAACCACCAGAGACUAAUCAAAGCGAAGAAAAGAAAGAAGAGCAAAAGGCAGACACAAAGAGCGAAGACAAGGCGAAGGAAGAUAUCACAUACAUUUAG